AGAGUGAAUAAUCCAGAUCCCCCGUCCAGUCCAGAUGCAGGUGCCAUCCGUGAUAGUAACGACGCAACUUUCAAUUUGAGGAAGAGCUUGACAUUUCCUUUGCACAUAUGGAAUCAGACAUUGAGGUGAGCAACGUGCCAGAUGUAGGGCCGAUUGAAGCUGAGGUUCAUGGAGACUUUGGUGAUGAAGAGAAUGAUGACGAUGAAGAAGACAAUUGUUCCCCCAAGUUUCAGAAAUUGAAAAGCGUCACUGAGGAACACUGCAAGCAGCCCAUGUACCUGCUCACAGAUUCUUGUUUGGAUUCCCUGCUGGCUGACAUCCCAGUAUCCUGUAGAUGUAGGGAAAAACCAAAGCCGACAAAAAAGAGAGUUGGGUCGGCUGUCACAGUAAACUGGAUUUGUGAUUGUGGGAAGACGUUGAAGUCUUGGGCAAGCCAGCCAGCAUUGCGUUACGGCUCUUUUCUGGGCAAUGUUAUGCUCAUGUCAUCAACAAUUUUGUCUGGCAACAACUAUCAAAAAGUUGCACUGCUGGCCAAGUUCAUAAAUCUUGGUCUCCCUCAUAGAACAACCUUCCAAAAUAUCCAGGGACAUUUUGUCGCUCCUACAGUUGAGCAGUACUGGAGUAAUAUUCAAGCCUCAGCCAUUGAAGAGACCAGAGCAACAGAUGUAGUCAUUUCAGGUGAUGGACGCAUGGACAGCCCUGGCCAUUGUGCUAAGUACUGCACAUACACCUGCAUGAACCAGCAGACAAAAGGGAUCCUUGCCAUGGAGGUGGUUGACAAAAGGGAAGCCAGCUUAAGUUUUGAUUUUAUACUUAUAGUCUACAGUGAUGGAAACAUUUGCCUUCAUGAAAGCGCUUCCGGGGUUGUUGAAGGAGGGGGUGCAAGUGGUGGAGGUCGUAACUGA